UGACAGCACUCUAUUCUAAUAAGUUUUAACCUCAUUUGUACGUUACGUCUCCAUCUUAAAAUACAGUACACGGAGAUUAUAUUUUGUUAACUUCAUUUAGCUGACAAAUCCAUAUUAUAGGACUUACAAAAAUAUUAUGUUCAGUUGUCUAUAGCACCCGUAUGAAUUUCACCGCCAAACGUCGCCCAUGUAUCUUUCACUUCUACACUUCGAGAAUGAUUCACCGACGGGUCCCGGUCGACGCGUUCAACACUUGUGAUUUGUGAAUGACAACACCCACAAGACAACACAGUGUGUACCAUGGCUGAUAGUAUGUCAAAUCCCCGAUGUGUAUUGCUGUUUAGCGGAAAACGGAAGUCUGGUAAAGAUUACAUAGUCGAAAAUCUACUACAAAGGCUGAAGCCUAAUGAUGCUGUGGUACUGCGGUUGUCAGCACCAAUAAAAAAAUAUUGGGCUGAAAGUAAGGGUCUCGAUUUUGAUCAGCUGCUUGGUACAGGUGCAUACAAAGAAAAUUAUCGGCUAGAAAUGAUACGUUGGGGAGAGUCAGUCAGGGCCAAAGACCCAGGCUACUUCUGUCAGCGUGCAAUAGAAAUGUCCAACGGCACCCAAUUCAGUGUGUGGAUUGUGAGUGAUACCAGGAGACUGUCUGAUCUGAAAUGGUUCUUGGAUAAUUGUGGUGGGCCCUCUGUGGUUCACACUGUAAGAGUUGUUGCUGAUGAUGCAGUCCGGAAACAGCGUGGGUGGAUGUACACGCCAGGUAUUGAUGAUGCUGUAUCUGAGUGUGGCCUUGAUUCCAUUACUGAUUGGAACUGGACAAUUUCCAAUAAUGGUAAAGGCACAGAAGAAAUAGAAGCUAUUUUACAGAACAUCGUGCAGUGGGUAAACUCUGCAACUUCAGCGACUCGAUGACAACCUUCUGGCGCAAAUUAUAGAAUAAGUGUUCAGCUAUUCAUCUUGUCUUUUGCCUAAAACCUCCAUCAGUCCAGUGUAUCAGAUGAUUCAUUAGAGCAUGUCGGGCAUAAAAUGAUGUAGUGUGACCAUUGUUAAAGAUACUGGUUGUAAAUUCGUUUGAUCAUUUGAUGCAUCAGCGGUAGCAUUGUGCAGGUAUAAGAUUGCGGUACAUUUGAAAUUUUAGGUUUUUUAGGCAGACAUUCCAUAAAUUCUUGGUAGUAUUUAUGCAAGGCACUGGAAAAACAUUUUUUGUAAUAAAGUGUAUAGUGUUAAAAUGUACUGUUUGAACUGUGCAAAAAAGAUUUUAAUAAAAUGUUUCAAAAUUUUU